UGUGUCGUCGGAUCUCGGCCAAAUAACGUGAAGUAGAAAUGCUGCUUCUCGUUAAUCAUUGUUAAAGCCACGGGUUACCCCCGAAUUAAAAAAAAAAAAAAAAAAAGUAAAGUUGUAACAAAUCGCCUGGGGUUCAGUGAAAACGGGGCUGUGAAGAAGUUUGGUCGUGGUGCGGUUCGAGGAAUGGAGAAGAGUUCAGUGUGAACGAGAGAGAGAAGAGUCGGACAUGGAAGGUCGCUCGAGGCGUAAGCUUAUGUCUCGGGGAAGGGAGGAUAAGUGACAGCACAAUGUAAAUACCAAAUGGAAGAAAGAAGAAUUGACAAAUAAAAAAUAAACCACAAAGUUGGGAAUAUAACUGAAGAAGAGAGAGUGAUUUUUUUAUUCGGGAGAGUCAUGGCUGCGAGCAAUGGAUUUGGUGGCUCGUCGUUGUUAAUUGUAAGAAAAAUUACUAUUUUAAGGGUAGGCGUGUAAGUAGGGUAGCUGAGAGUGAGAGUUCGAGGGAGCACAUGUAUAAUAUGGAGCAGCAGGACGACUGCGGCAACAAAAUAAGGAACCAGAUAUUUUGUCGCUAUCAACAUGAUUACAAACAACAACACGAGGGAGCCUGUCAAACGCAAAAACCAGGCAGUCAACAGCAACAGCAACAACAACAGCAUCAGCAACCACAACAGCAGCAGCAGCAGCAGCAACAAUCGGAGCGCGCGACAACGAUAUGCAUAGCGAUCUACCUGAUGUCCGAGGUUUGCUUGAUGAUGGACGUGGACAAGAGCACGACGGCCCAGCAGAUAGUCAGCAUGAUCCAGUCGGACGGCGAGCUCGGGCUGACCAGGACGCCCCCGUGCACGAGCAACCAGCCGGUCUUUGCCCUCUGGCUAUGCUCGUCCCAGCUCGAGCUUCAGCUGAGGCCGAGCCACAGACCCCUGGAUUUAGCAACAAAGUGGCCUCGAUUAGUCAAUAAGUAUUCCACCCAACAGAGCUCCAGCAGCAACGGUGUCAACAGCACAAUCAGGGACACCAGUGACGAGGAGCCGUUGCUGUACUUCCGGAGAAACGUCUUUCUCUCGCGGAGGGACGAGGAGCAGAUCAAGGAGCCCAAGAUCCUCGAGCUUCUCUACGCGGAGGCCAAGCGCAACGUUCUCGAUGGACGAUAUCCGUGCGAGAGCCAGGCGCGGUACACGAGUUUGGGGGCGUUACAGGCGCGGAUAGAGCUUGGCCCGUACAACGUACAGACGCACACGUUGGCCUUUUUCCGUAAGCACCGUAGGCACUUUUUGCCCCACCAUUACAACACGCCCUCGUUGCUGUUGGGCCUGGGCCUCGGGGGCAAGGGCUCGCCCGAGGCGCGCUUGCUCGAGCAGUACAAGCGGAUACCGAACCACACGACCGGGCCCAACGCCAAUCCCCGCAAACUCGUUAGGAAGUACUUGGAGUUUUGCUGGGGAUUGCCCUGCUACGGGGCGGCCUUUUUCCACGGGCAGAUCGAGAGGCCCGUCCGGGGCUUGGCCUCGUGGAUCAUGAACAGGGACGUGCCUGUUCUCGUGGCCAUCAAUACCAUCGGAGUGUACAUAGUCGACGACACCCAGUGUAGUCUCUUGUUGGGAUUGAGGUACUCGGAAUUAAAUUGGGGUAUGCUUAAGCCGUCCGACGAGACGAAUCCGGAUUGCUUGCCUUGCUUGAUCCUCCAGUUUCCGGUGCGGGAGAACGGCGCGCGAGUCAUAAAAAUACUACAAGUAUUCUCGAGACAAGCAAUAAUGAUGGAUACGCUGAUAACGGGCUUCGUGGAGGAGAGCAAACAGAACGAAGCGGCGGACGAAAACGUGAACGCCAACAACAGAUUACAGGACAAUUCGAUGCUGUCGAAUUUUGGAAGUUUUACGAAUAAACUUAGCAAAUUCACCCUUGCCACGUUCGACGAGGAAGGCCACUGCAUCGGUCAAAUGGGUUCGUGGUCCAUUCAAUAGCUGUUCGCUCCUGCAAGUACCUCAACUCUCACGUCAUAUAACGUAAUUGUGAAAAAACAAAUUAUUAGAGCCAAAAAAGAACCUACAUUUUGUAUAAAAACUCACAUUCUGUACAAAAUCUAUCGAGCGCCGUUCAUUGUUCAAUGAAAUAAAUUAUUAGGCGAUCCUUUUA